AUGGCCUCCCAGAACCGCGACCCAGCCGCAGCCAGUGUUGUCGCAGCCCAGAAAGGGGCUGAGCCCAGCGGGUGCGCUGCCCGGGGCUCCGUGGGCAAGAGGUUACAGCAGGAGCUGAUGACCCUCAUGAUGUCUGGUGACAAAGGCAUUUCUGCCUUCCCUGAAUCAGACAACCUUAUCAAGUGGGUUGGGACCAUCCAUGGAGCAGCUGGCACAGUAUACGAAGACCUGAGGUACAAGCUCUCCCUUGAGUUCCCCAGUGGCUACCCUUACAAGGCGCCCACAGACAAGUGGUCUUCCCUCUAUGACGUCAGGACCAUCCUCCUCUCAAUCCAGAGCCUGCUAGAACCCAAUAUUGAUAGCCUUUUGAACACACAUGCUGCCAAACUCUGGAAAAACCCCACAGCCUUUAAGAAAUACCUUCAGGAAACCUACUCAAAGCAAGUCUCCAGCCAAGAGCCCUGA